AUGAAUUUUCAUUCUACAAAACCAUUAUCCUAUGAUUCUAGUGAUAAUGAGAUUUAUAAUCCCUUUUUAGUGAGUACAAAUGAGGAAGGAAGAGUAUCUCCAACCAUUGAUAAACAACAACAACCAGUUUUAAAACGAGCUAAAUCUAUUGUAUCAUCAAAUUCAUUAUCAGCAUUUUUCACUGAUCUGAAAAGUAAGCAACAACAACAGCAACAACAAAGAGAUAGAAAAAGAAAUAAAGAUAGAAGAAAUAGACCUGGUCGAUUAAGAAGAUCUCAUUCAACUAAUAGUAAUGAUCAAUUUAUUAUGAAUACUGGAAGUUUCAAAUUACCUGAUCAAGAUGAAUUUCAAUUCACUAUGAAUAAUAAUAGUGAUAAUGGUUUUUCUUCUUCUACCUCAUCUUCAGAUUUAGAAAGUGUACCUGAUUUAACUGAUGAUAAUAUUGAUGAAUUAACCCCGGAAACAACUCCUAUUAAACCAGUAGGUAAUUUUUAUUUCAAUACAUUAUUUGAUAAUGAAGAAAACACUGAUGGCUAUUAUUAUAAAUUGAAUUCUCAAAUCAAGAUAAGAAAUGAACUUCAACAACAACAGCAACAACAACAGCAACAAAGAUUAACAUCUUCUUCACCAUCGAUCUUUGAAAUUCCGGAAAUUGUUUAUAAAAUAAUCAGUUAUGUUGAUGAACAAAAUACAAUUUUGCCACAAGAAUCAACUCCAAUUAGAAGAAAUCCAUUAUCUUAUAAGCAUGCAUUAUUAAUCCAUGGUGAUAAAAAAUCCGCUCAAUCUGCCCUUCAAAAAACCACCAAUCAACAAAGUCAACAAAAUCAACAACCUUCAAGUGUCAUUUCAUCAUCACCAUUAUAUAAUUGUUUAUUGGUGAAUAAAUUAUUUUAUAAAAUCACUAGUGAAAUCAUAUCAACAAAAUUUUAUUCCCAUAAUGAACAACAAUUGAAAAAAUUCAUUGAAAAUAAAUCCCACCAACAACAAAAUUCAUCAUCUCCUAUUAUCAUUCAACCAAAAACAUUUAUAUUACAUAAAUUAUUUCAAACUAAACAAAUCAUUUUCGAUCAAUUAAUUGAAUUUAUAAAUUUUGAUCAAUUAUCAUGGUUUGAAUUAUAUAUGUGUCCGAAAAUUUCAUUAGAUAAACCUCAAUCUCAAACAUUUAUGAAAAUAUUCCAAUCAUGUUCAAAUAAUUUAACUAAAUUAAUUAUCACCGGUUCAAAAACUAUUGAUGAUGAAUUUUUAAUGAAAUUGGGACAAUUUAAAUGUGGUGAUAAUUUACAAAUUUUAGAUUUACGUGCUUGUGAAUUAAUUACUGAUUUUGGUAUUUAUCAAUUAAGUUUAUAUUGUCGAAAUUUAACUUUUAUAAAUUUUGGUCGUAAACCUAUUAGUAAUGGUAAUGGUAAUGGUGGUGGUAAUGGUGGUAGUGGACGAUAUAUUACUGAUAAUUCAAUGAUUAAAUUGAUUAAUAAUAAUCGAAAAUUACUGACUAUAGGAUUAGCAGGAUGUCAUAUAACUGAUAAAUGUGUUUGGGAAAUUGCCAAUAAAUUACCAAAUAUAUCUCGAUUAUCAUUAAAUAAUUGUCCUAAAUUGACUAAUUCUGGUAUAAAUCAAAUAUUCACCCUAACAAAUACUCCCAACUCCAAUUAUUUUAAAUGUCUUUCAGUUUUGGAAUUAAGAUUUAAUCAUCAAUUGACUGAUUUAACUUCAAUUAUAAAAUUUAAACGACGACAAAAAUUUCAAUUUAAUAUUAUAUUAUUAUUAGAAUUAUGUGAAUCAUUAAUGUUAAAAUAUCGUCAACAAGAAUUUGAAUUAGAUAAAUUGAUUUCUUUAAAGAUUUUCCAAGAUAUUUCUCAUUGGGUUAAUGAUUAUAAUGAUAAUGAUGGUGAUUUACUGUAUAAUGAAAUUAAACAUUUGAUAAAUAACAACAACAACAACAACAGCAGCAACAACAUUAGUACCAGAGGUUUUUAG